AUCUUAGUACAGUGUGAACUAGAGCCAACCCUACUAGCACUAUUCGAUGGUGGAGACCGUAUUUGCCAUCAUACCGCGCAUACUGUACACCUCGCAUAAUACAAACGUUACCAAGGCCCAUUCUAAUCCGCAAAUAUUAGCGAAACUUUUCAUGGGAACGACCUUCGCCGCUGCAAAGCCUCAUGUAAUGUACUUGGCUCUGCAGAAUAUUUCACAAUGGCCGAACCCCUCACCGAAGAAUCGCCCAUAUCGAUGACAGCCAACCUUGUCAACCUUCCUACAGAACUCCUUUUAGACAUCGCAGAUAUUCUGCAGGAUCAACGGUCAAUCAGUCGACUAUCGCGUACUAGCCGAAGACUCCAUCACAUUCUCACAGACUACCUCCUAAAAUACAAUAUACUCGAGAAGGGAAAUACAGCAAUACUAUGGGCAGCGCAGAAUGGUUUCGUGGAGUUGGCCCGCCGUCUCGUGGCUUUAGGCGCCAAUGUGAACACAUAUCAUCUUUGGGAUCGCUGGAAUACCCCUCUAUUUUUAGCAACGAAACAGGCAAACUUCUCGAUGACCAUGCUCUUACUGGAUGCCGGAGCGAGUUUAACACUAUAUCCAAACUGGUAUAGAAAUACCCCAGUUAUGACUAAGUUUUUAUUGAAUGCUGGAGCGAGUUCACCACUAUAUUCGCGCUGGCACUGGAAUGUACUAGUGAUGGCGCUCUUUCAUAACUGUGAAGGAGUGGCUCGGACCCUGUUGUCUCGGUUAGACUCUUUCGACGAAUUAGUCGACCACCAAGGGAGAACGGCAUUGCAUUUCGCAUGCAUUUACAAAUGCCCCAACGUUGUGCGUUACUUGCUGCAAGCUGGGUCAGAUGUGAAUAAAAAAGCGAACUUUAUUUCAGCAACACCGACUCCACUACAAAGCUUGCUGAAAGUUGGAGUUCAUGGUCGUGACGAGAGAGGCCCCGAUAACAAGACAUUCCAGAUUCUUAUGAUACUCCUAGAGUAUGGCGCAAAGGUCGACGAUACAGCCUGUGAUCUUGGAGCGAGAAAUACAGAUCCCAGAGUGCGGUUGUUGCUCUCUCGAACAGUGUUCACGGUCACACCAAAUCGAUCUGCUGUAAAAGACCGGGUUUGGAUGUACGAGAACAUUGUGUUGAUGGACAAAGGAAGCCAUCUAAUUACUACUCAAGAGACUCGGUUUGAUUAUAUCGGGUUAUUAUUCUCCCCGAGAGUCGGUUCCAAGGGCCGGGCACCCCAAGCCCCGCGCGGUCACCACUCCCUUCCAACCAUUCCCAGUAAACCUCUCUCUCAGGAAGCCUUACGUGUUGGCCGCGGUGUGCGGAACACCCUAAAUCUCGGGCAAUUAAUCGUCGCCCUCGCGCUUGUGAAAGAGGAAGAGGAAAGGGCGAAGUAUGCAAGGGAUUCAGAGCCUCAGGAUGAUGAUCCAUUCCCGCAAUUGGCUCAAUACCUACUCCAGACAUUCAACCCUGCACAAAAAUUAUGGAGCAAAUUUCAGAAACUAGAGCUGAGCUGCCUGAGAAGACGGCACGCUUGCCAAGGCAGCGACUCUGGAGCCUUUUUCACAACUUAG